CAAUAGUAACCAAUUAGCCAACAAUGUAUUUUAUUUUCUGACUUUAACUAAUAGACUUCAGCAACCUAUUUCAGGAUCAGGAGUUUUUAGUAGAACUAUAGUGUUUUAUUCUUGUACUUUCCCGUGAGGUAUGAGCUGCUCACUCUGUUGUAACUGGCCUGUCCUUGACAAAUGACUGUGCAGUGACUGGUCCGUGUUUACACAAUAAGUAAUGAUUAGGUUGGGAGAUUCGUCUCCACAAAUGAGUAAUUUGGAAGUGAGCAGUGAUAAAUCUGAUAUAAGCAGCAGUCUGCAGAUGGACACACAUUCAAUUGCAAUAUGAAGUCCUGGUAUGUUCUUGCUUUUCUGUGGUUGUCAUGUUUCUGCCACAGAGCUCUUUCCUGCCCAGCUCUCUGCACCUGUUAUCCCAGAAGAAAUGAGGUGGUCUGUAAUGAGCUUCCCCUGACAGAGUUCCCCUCUGACGGUCUCCCGGAGAACACCACCCUGCUGACUAUCCAAUUCACAAACAUCACCUCCAUAUCUGAGGCCCAUCUAAAUGCCAUACCCAAGUUGCAAGGGCUCCAUCUGUACAACAAUCACCUGCACAGCCUUCCCUCUCAUCUCCUCAGGGGCGUUCCUCACCUCAACACUUUGGAUCUCACCGGAAACAGGCUAAACAAUCUGCCUGCAGAUGUCUUCAGCCACGCCCCACUACAGAGCUUGGUGCUGAAGAAUAACCUUAUUAGAAAAGCUGAUGCAGAGUGGCUUUCUUAUAACAGUAGCCUGACCUGGUUGGAUUUAUCUGGAAAUGAAUUAACAGAGAUCCCAACUAAUCUGCUUCUGAAGCUGCCCCACCUGGAGAACCUUGACUUCUCAAACAACCGUCUGGAUAAGAUACCAGCAAAUUCUCUGAGUCAACUGAGCAAACUUGAGAGGCUAAGCCUGCAGAACAACAAGCUCGACACGCUGAAUGGAUCUGCAUUUCAGAGCCUGCAUAGCCUCACACAUCUCUUCCUCACUCAGAAUAAACUCAACAAGCUGCCCAAAAACCUGUUCCAGGGACUCACUCAGCUCAGACACCUGAGUCUGGAUGAAAACCAGCUGAGCCAUAUUCCUCCAGGUUUGCUGGAUGAACUUCACUUGCUGGGAGAGGAUGGCCUCGACUUGACAGUCAACCCUUGGCUCUGUGACGGGAAGGCAGAGUAUCUAUGGAGGUGGCUUCACGAGAACAAGAAGAAGGCUUUCUUGCCAGACUCCAUCACAUGCGCUGGACCUCAGCCUCUAGCAGGUCGCUCAAUAAUAUCACUAACAGCAAAUGAACUAAACCUUCAGUCUUAAUAUUACUCCUGCUGGUCUUUAUCUAACAUGAAAAGAAAUCCAGUUCGGCCUGUCGGAUUUGAAUCACUAAAACAUGAUAACUAUGUGACUAUAAAUAAAUCUGAUUUAAAUAAGA